UUUACAGUUUUACAGUUGAGUUUCAAUAUCGGCUGUCGACAAAAAUGAAAAUAAUUAUAAAGCCUCUCACGGGAAAAGAAUUCGAGCUCGAGGUGAAUCCAGAAUGUGAUGUCGAGCAUUUGAAGCAGUUGAUUGAAAAGAAAUGUAAUAUGCCAGGUGCACAGCAUCAGCGCCUUGUUCUCUUAGGCAAAACCCUCGCAGAUGGUUCAUCAUUAUCAAUAUCAAAACUUACGGAAGGUUCAAAGAUUCAUCUCUUCACUAAAAAGGUUGAUGAUGGUCCCAAACGGAGUGGCUUGGAUAUUGCACUUUUUAAUGCCCUGAAAAGUCAUUUAACCAAAGAAGAAAUAGAAAGAGUUGUAACUGAAUUCAAUAAGGAGCUGCAGACAGCAUUCACUAAUUAUAGCCUUGAUGACAUUGAAAGAUUGGCUGUUAACUUAUUGCGAUGAAAUUUAUCUUUUUCAAAAAUUUCUUCAUGAUUAACUGAUUAAUAAAAACUUUUUCAACAUG